GGUUUGUCAGGUGGGAUGGAUUCUCAGAACACCGGAAGUGAGCGUGAAGACGAAGCGGCCACGGGCAAGAUGGCACGGAGCGUACUGUGUACAUGCCUCGGUGUGCUUCAGCUAGGCAGGAAAACCGCGCUGCUGUCCGGUGCUCGUUUCUACUCGCAGAGCGAAGCGGAGCCGCUGACACUGAAGCAGCAAAGCGACGGAAUAAGGAGAAUAAUACUAAACAACCCCAAGAAGAGGAAUGCUUUGUCUCUGUCCAUGCUCGAGUCUCUCCGAGAGAACAUCUUAGCUGAUGUUGACAGCGAGGAUCUCAGAGUUGUCAUCCUAUCAGCCAAAGGUCCGGUGUUUUCCUCUGGACACGACCUGAAGGAGCUGACAUCUGCUCAGGGUCGAGAAUAUCACACAAAGGUGUUUCAUACCUGCUCAGAGGUGAUGACGCUGAUACAAGACAUACCUGUUCCAGUGAUCGCCAUGGUGAACGGUGUUGCCACAGCAGCCGGAUGCCAGCUUGUUGCCAGUUGUGACAUCGCUGUGGUGACGGAGAAGUCCACCUUUGCUACUCCGGGUGUCAGCGUGGGUCUGUUCUGCUCGACGCCGGCGGUGGCCAUUGGCAGAGCGGUGCCGAGGAAGGUUGCUAUGGAGAUGUUGUUCACAGGAACUCCCAUCUCAGCCCAUGAUGCUUUGCUCCACGGUCUGGUCAGUAAAGUGGUGCCGGAGGAGCAGUUGGAAGAGGAAACAUUAGCCAUCGCCCAGCGUAUCUGUAAAGCUAGCCGACCUGUUGUAGCCCUCGGAAAGGCCACUUUCCAAAGACAAAUGGCUCAAGGUCGCGAUGCUGCGUAUGCCACCGCAUCAAAGGUGAUGGUCGACAACCUGGCUCUGAGAGACGGGCAGGAGGGGAUCCGCGCCUUCAUAGAGAAACGCAAACCAGUGUGGAGCCAUAAAGCAGAAAAAGCCCACGACUGACUGAGUUUUAGCAAAUUAUACAAUGAUCAUGUGAUUAAUAUUGACAGGAACACAUGAUUAGCACUCACUGGUGAGUUGAGUAAUUACCACCAGCCUUCAGUGAAUGUGUCGGCUGUGCUGUAUCAUGUUCUCUGAGGAUUUCCUCCUGUUCACCAUAGCUAAAGAUGAUGAUGAUCCAUUGUGUGCCUUAAAUGCUGCUGUGAGAGCAAUGAGAAGGAAAUACACUGUUGACUAAGAUGGUGGAUAAAAAAAUUGACGUAAUAGAUAAAUGCUGCUUUCUGUCCAAUUUUAGAUGGAUUAAAUGAGGUUAAGAAUGGAAAGAGAUUCUUAAUGUUGAGAUGAGCUACAUCUAAGCUCUGUUUGCUAGACUAUAAAUCCUAAACAGAAGCUGAAGUUUGGAUCUUUGAGCAAAAUUACUUUUUUUUUUCAGAUCCUAGUUUAAUUAGUUCUGGAUUUGUAAUUAAGUAGAAGAUUAUAAAAAUUAAUAGUCUUGACACAAAACUAUAAUAUUAUAAUUCAAUAAGCUUGUUGAAAUACAACACUCUACUUCAGUAGCUUUUAGAGGUAUGAAAUGUUGCCAGUAUUUCAGUAAAAAAUUAAUAACAACAUAACUACAGCAUAAAUCUAAAAAAUGAAGUAUUUUUAGGGAUUUUCUUUGUCCUGUUACACAUAAUCCUCACAAUGACUGACGUUAGUCCAUCACCUUUUAUUGUGCCAGCUUUUUGUUAAGUGGUGUUUGUGUUAGUUUCUGUUGUUUUGGUUAAAAGUGUGCAUUAAAAUUAAAACUCUCAUAUGGAUUUAUUUACGCAAAAUUUAAAUCAAAGUGGUUAAAAUGAAAACCUUGUUCACAAAAUCAAUGUGAGGCGUCAUUGACACAGAGAGCAGAGCAAGACGUUAUCGGAGUCCAGCUUCGCUCAUCAUUCUUGUUUUCUCAAGGCUUCUUUGCUGCUACGCACACAGCAAAAUCAGCAGUCUUUCACACCUUGGCUCGUGUGAUUAGGUAGAGGAUAAUUAGGGGGUCCAUUGUCCGUCUUGGGGGGACUAUCCACCAUUUGACCCUAGAACUGAAGAAGCUUCUCGGAUGAGAGGUGAAACGUCUUCAAGCAUCUUAAAGAAGUCCAGACGCUUUUUUUCCCCAAGCUCCUUAGACUACGCUAACCUGGAUGACUGAGAACCUUCACAAACAACAAGUUACAAUCCAAAAAAAGGGAAUUAUAUAUUAUAUAUGCAUUCUAAUUCUGAGUUUAUUUAUCAAUUAAAUAGAGUAAAAUAUGCACACUUAAAUGUAUAAAUAAUGCUCUUUACGGCGUAAUUUAGCCUGUAGUGUUAAUCUCAUAUAACACUACCCAGUGUUGGUCAGUGUUAAAUCCUGACUCAAUUUAGAGUCAAUUUAACUCUGGAAUUUCAACUCUUGUGAAAGAGUAAAUUUAACAUGGUGAAAGAAUGUCCGGAGUGUAGCCCCGUCCGAAAUGAUUCAGGUUUAGAGUAU